AUGAAGCUCUUUUAUGUAGGUGGUAAUACAAUAGUGAUGGUAAACCUUCUUUGGGAGUAUAAAGCAUAUACCAAAAUUAGAGAAUGGGACGAUGAAACAAAAUCUGCAUGUGUUGCAUGCAAAAGCACGAAGGCAUGGAUUGAGUUGCGGCAAAAGUUAUUUGAUAUGGUGAGUUGGAUAGAAUAUAAGGAUUGUGAAUUGAAAGGCGUGGAACAGGUUGAUGGUAAUGAAAUAAAUGAAAAGGAGGUGAAUAUGAUUAGCAAAACGAAUAAGAAAAUAAAACAGAUGAAUUAA